UGGAAAAAAUUUACUUCCUUCAAAAAUUGUAGUAGUCCAUCCCCUUCUAUUAAUAUACCCCUCCCACUGUUACCUGACUUUAUGAAAAUGAUUGCCCCAGAUUAUGCUCCUAAUGUCAAUCCAUUUACCCAGGCUGUAACAGUACCCACCGGAGGUUGUGCUCCAAAUCCUCACGUGCUGUUAGAUACAUUCUCUCUUUCUGAACUCCAUAAGUGCCUUUCCUCUUCCAGAGAUUGUGCCCCUGGGCCUGAUUUAAUAACGAAUUCCAUGAUCAAACGCUUACCGUCCAAUGCCAUCAGUCUUUUGCUGCGUAUAUUUAAUAUGGUAUAUAAUGCUGGGUAUAUUCCUUCUCCGUGGAAGGAGUUUUAUGUUCUUCCCAUCCACAAACCUGGUAAACCUCCCCUUUUACCUUCCUCUUACCGCCCUAUAGCCUUGCGUUCUAAUAUAGCAAAAUUAUUUGAGAAAUUGAUUAAAAACAGAUUGGUUUGGUGGUUAGAACAUUAUUCUCUUGUACGACAGGAACAAUAUGGUUUUAGAUCUGGUAUUGGUACAGUGGAUGCCAUCAGCUAUUUAUAUUCACGUAUUCAACAAGCGUUCCAACAAAAAGAGAUCCUAGGUGCACUUUUCAUGGACAUUUCUUCAGCGUUUGACAAUGUCCAAUUACAUAUAUUGCAACAGAAAUUAAUCUCCUUAGGCAUUCCGCUGAAACUGAACAAAAUUCUUCAUGAAUUAUUCGCUCAGCGCCUUUAUAAACCUCGAAUGAUUCAUAAUGGCCCUUAUACUCGGCAAGUGUUCCAAGGUUUAGUUCAAGGAAGCUCACUCAGUCCCAUUUUAUUUCUUAUUUAUACGCAGGACUUAAUCUUCCAUCUUGGACCCUAUGUUCGCCUUAUUGCAUAUGCGGAUGACAUAGUACUAUGGUAUCAAGGACCCACCUUCCAGGACGUUAGUGCAAAACUGGCUGUCGCCAUUACAUCUGCCAAUAAAUGGUUAACAGCUCAUGGAAUGUCCUUAUCGCUAUCGAAGACCCAUUUGGUCUAUUUCACUAAAAAACGGUACAGUUCACCUCUUCCUACUCCGUCAUUAGAAGGUCACACUUUUCCGGUCAUUUCCCAAGUAAAAUAUUUAGGUGUUAUUUUUGAUAGAACGCUCAAUGGUAUUGGCCAUAUAAACUAUGUGAUCAAUAAAUGCUACCACAGAAUACAACUGCUUAAAGCUCUAACUGCCAACAGAUGGGGAGCCGAUAUUCAUACCCUGAGGUCUAUCUUUCUCGCUACCGUCCGAACUAAUCUAAUAUACGGUUGUAUUCUCCUACAGCAUAUAUCUAAGACUCAAGCUUAUCGGUUGGAAAAAGUACAGAACGAAGCCAUGAGGAUUAUUCUAGGAGCUUUCAAAUCUACACCAAUUAUAUAUCUGCAAGUUGAGUUAGGUAUAUUGCCUUUAACGUUAUACCGACCACUAACUUACUGUAAACAUUGGACUCAUCUACAUCAGACGAAGUUAACCAGCUUAAAAAGGUUGAUGGAUAGAGUAUAUGAAAUUCCCCUGUCUAUAAAACGAAGUUCGGUAUCCAUGCUGCCCGCCCAGAUACAAUCAAACUUUUCCUAUGAUUAUGCAUGUCACCAUUAUACUCCCACUGUCACAAUUUUCGGAGGCAAAGAUGUCUCGCCUAUUGCUCUCCGUCAGAUGGUUCUGGAAAUGCUCGCACAAUACCCGGACAGUACCCAUCUCUAUACCGAUGGUUCCAAAACUUCUACUGGAACGGGAGCAGCUUGGUUUGAUAAGACUAAUCACAAAACGGGCCUCUACCAAUUACCUACUUACAUCACCAUUUAUCUGGCGGAAGCAUUCGCGAUUUAUCAAGCAUUGACAUAUAUACUCAACUGUCAGAUAAAAGCUCCUCUUAUACUCUCAGACUCUGCUAGCGUUUUAACCUCGCUACAAUCCUUCCGGACUCCUGCGGAGCUUCUUAUCCUUGAAAUUAAAAAAUUAUGCUUAGCCAUUCGUCAAUACACAAACGAACCUGUAUUUCUAUGGAUUCCUAGUCAUACUGGCGUACACAGCAAUGAAAUAGUCGAUAAUCUAGCGACAAUGGCAAUUACACAAGGUGUCCCUAUGUACCCACGAUCUCCGCAGCUCUUACAACCACUUAUCAAGGCCCAUUAUCAUUCUCUCAUGAUUUCCCAAUUGACACAAUUAUCUGCGGCCCGCUCUACCUUAUAUCACGAGUUACAUGGUACUACAUUUAAGGUUAUAUCCCACUACCCCCUGUCUUCACAUCGCCAUCGUGCUAUCAUAUCUUUCCGUCUUCGUUCCGAUCACAAUAGUUCACCGGCACAUCUUUACAAGCUGGGUAUUAUUGAUUCGGCGGGUUGUUCCUGCGGAAACCCUUAUGCGGAUAUGCGACAUAUACUUCUGGAGUGUCCCAAUUUUGUGGACAGACAAAAAAUGUACCAGGACUUGCGAAAGCUGGGAUUGCCUUUCCCCUUAUCGUAUCCUUCGAUGUUAUACCACCAUCCACAUGAGGUAUGUCAGAUCUUAAUUGAUUUCAUUCUACGCAAUCAUAUUCAUGUAUAACCCUGAAGUAGUAAUAAUCCGAGGUGGCCGGUUUCCGUCCCCAUCCUCUUACUCCUUCAUCCAUGGCCUUCCGCUCCUGUGGUCGAUAGGCCUCUACCAAGAAGACUAGCCUCCCUACCCAUGUUUUUCCUUACUGUAGGUCACCCACUAACGUCUAGGUUCAGCUGCUUUGAAUCAUGGCUGCUGGUUCACACCGUAGGCCACUCAACCAAAAAAAAAAAAAAAAAAAAAAAGGAUUUCGGAUUCGCGCGCGCACGGUUUGUUAUGGGUAAUGCUGGACCGAGUUUUGUAAAGCAUGGAACGGGAAAGUCUUUGAAAAGUGCACAGAAAACUAUUGUGUUGAAUGUUUUUAAAACAUUUUCAGACAAAUAUCCGGAUUGUCGUAUGAACGAUCCGGGAAUAAAAGGAAACGUGAGUAUCCUGUUAUCAAAACUUGUGAUGAUUUUGUGAAGACGGCUACCCUACUAAUAUUAUAAACGCGAAAGUUUGUAAGUAUGGAUGGAUGUUUGUUACUCUUUCACGUAAAAACUACUGAAUGGAUAUGAAUGAAAUUUGGCCUACAGCUAGCUUAUAACCUGGAUUAAUACAUAUACCCCAUAUUAACAUGAAAUUCCAUCCCUAAGGGAGUUAAAAAGGUGAUAAUUUCAUUUUAUAACAGAAAAAAUCAUAGGUCAUAGACAUACAAAUAGUGAGUGAGUGUAAUUUCUCUAUGUCUGACACACGAUCAUACACAUAGUAAGGUCUGGCAAAUUAAUAUUUUUCUUCUUGGUGAGACCAGUCCGCUUAGUGGAGCUCGGAACGGCUAGCAAAAUAAAGGCGCUAAUAACAGUUUUUUCCUUAACUUCGUCAAUAGAUAGAGUUGCCUUGAAUUUUAAAAGCACCAUCGUUUGAUGCAUUUGUCAUGUCUUUAAUGUUCGUUUAAUUGUGCUGUAUGCGUUCCUAUACGAUUCGUCCGAUUGCGAUGAAAUUUUGGUGAUUUGUUAUGCGCAUGCCCAUGAAGGUUACUGAGACGGUAUAACUAUUUUUCAAUAGUUGGAGCAUGUAUCGUGUCAAAAAAUGCUUUUAUUUUCAUUUUAUAUAGUGGCACUUCGUCUGUUUUUGUUGUAUAAGUGCGCACGCAUGACACAAUUUAUUUAAAUAUAAAAGAGAGACAGAGAUAGAAAUAUAUAUAUAUAGUGAGAUAGACACGGAGAGAUAAGUUGAGAUAGAGCGAGGUAUAGAGAAUGAAAUGGGUUAGAUAAAGAGAUGUAUAGAGCUAUAUAGAGACAUAUAUAGAAUAUAUAGAGAUAGUGGGAAGUAUAUAUGUAGAUAUAAAGAGAUAAAUAGAGAUAGAGAGAUACAUAGAUGUAUAUAGAUGUAGAUAGAGAUAAAUAUAUAUAGAGAUGUAUAGAUGAUUUGUAUAUGUGGAACUACUUCAAACAUAUUACAAAACAAAACUGAAUGAGGCAUUGCAAUGCAGGCCGAGCAUUACCUAGAUAAUGGGAUAUUUUCAAUAUUAGUAAUCUCUUAUUUUUCAGCUUCUUUCUAUAUUGCUUUAUAAAGUCUAAAUUACAUACAGACCAGGUAAAUAACUAUAAACUGGCAGACAACGUCUGUCGGAAUCUGAAAGUGAUAUAAAUUAAUUUUCACAUUUGACAUUCAAAUUAAGAAGACGAUUACUAACUACAUCUGAUUUCGAUAUGAACAAAAUUUAAUCUAAUUUUAUAUGCACACACACAUUUAUAUGUGUAUAUGUGUAAAUACAUAGAUAUAUUUACAUAUAAAAUGUAUAUAUACAUUUAUGAUGAUUGCGAGUAGGAGUGGCAGGCUGUUACUGGGACGAUGUAAACAUUGAAAUGUAAACAUUGCGCCAGUACAAACGUCGUGCUGGAAACCUUGCUCGUGCGCCGGCGAGCAGGAAUCUAUUAAGCAUAGUUAGGACCCCUGCAGUUAACACGUAGCGUUAAGUAAUUAAAAAUACAAUAUAUAGCUGCGGCACGAUCGACAUAAAUAAACCAAAUAGUGUGAAGCGACAUGUACCAAUAAGCAUACAUAAAAUAAAAACUCACUGGAAUGCACCCCGCCCACCCUGGCGAUGUGUAAUAAAAUAAAUUAAAAAAUAAAUGUUGUGUAGGGAGCUGCAAGCAUUUUCUCACAGCGGUAGCCGCGAUGCGUCUGGAUGAGACGCUAGUGAAAGUGUUUACCGAUGCGCGCGAUGCCGGAGGGGGGAGGUGAAAGCUCCACUCCCGGACAUCGGCGGCGCGCUCGCGAACACCCGAGGGGGGAGGACGGGAAAGUUGUUAUGCACCCACUCCCGGACACUGGCGGCGAGGUCGAAAACAAAGCCUGAGGGGAAAGGACGGGCGAGCCACAAACCUACCGUCGAAUAUCACGGGCAUUAAUCCAGGUCUUUACGGAAAUGGGAAACCCCUUCCACGACACUAGGAAACGUUCGCCACACUUUUUAUGAAUUUUAUUCACCAAAUAAGUAAAUAAAUAAGGUACGCAGUUACUUGAAUCUCAGGACCAUAAUAGCCACCUUUAAUUUCAUUACCAGCCAAAUCACUCAAAUGAAACACACGUGCAAAAUUAUUCGUAACUUUGACCACUCUGAAAACCUCCUGUGACCACCUCGGUUUGAAUCCCUUCUCAAACAUCGUCUUGUGUUUUGAUAUACGUACGUACGAACCCACGUGAGCCUUUAACCGUCUAGAAUAUAUUUUCUUAACAUAUCUGUAAACUGUUUGUAGCAAAGAGUUUUCCCUCACAGCAUUCGGAGCCAUGCCUAUAGUGCGGUGGAACCUAUUAUUGUAGACAGAAAGUAAUUUCGGUAAAAGUGUAAGCCACUUAUAAUUUCCUUGUGCCGAGAACUCACGGUAAAGCAUAUCCUUUAAUGUUCUAUUAAAACAUUCUACAACAGAUGCCUUGACUUCGCUAUAACUAGAGUAAUGAUUAAUUGCAUAUGUUUGCAUUAAGGCUUGAAAAUGUCUAUUGUAAAAUUCCGCUCCAGUUUCGCUUUGAAUAUUCUUAAAACUUCCCGCCUCAUUUAAAAUACUCUUCAUGGCUGCGGUGACUAAUAUUCCCGUCUUUUGUUUAACUGGAACCGCAUAAGCAUGUUUGCUAUAAACAUCUAUAGCAGUAAGGAUGUACUUGAAACCGCUAUUUAUCCUGCUGUACGGAAUCAUCUCCACCAAAUCAAUCUGUAAUAAAUCGCAAAGCCCAUAGGUCAACACAGGUCUACGAGGAAAAAUUCUGCGAACUCCGCGAUGCAGUUCAUUAGCAAUCCCACGUUGUGGGACACUCAUUUCGCGAUAUAUCCAGCUUCCUUCAACUCUUCAAGAAUAGAUAUCACCUCGUUGCUAUGUCUGGUAUGGCCAGCAGCUUGCGCGGCCAUUAUUAAUCUGAGGCGAGCAAUAAGCUGGUUCGGGUUGUCCCAAUAGAUAAAUUGCUUUGUGCGUUGCAAAUCCAAUGUUUUUUGUAACAAGCCACUACCUCGCUGAGAUGAGUCAAUAUUCGGAAACAAUCCCCUAAUGAUAUCAAACUUUGCAUGCGUUUCUCUUUUAUAAGGUUUUGUUGUAGGAUCAUUUCUUUUAUAAUAAGCAUUUGUAAUUUCUAGUAAAUGUCCAUAUUGUUUAAAAACAGACUUGGUGUAGGUGUGCGGCACACGACGAAACAAUAAUUUGAAUAAGCCGGGAGCAGGCUGUAUAAAUUCUUCGUUGACGCGAAUUAAAUUAUUAUCGUGAAAAAAUACUUCCGUAUCCCCUAAGAACCAACGGUUGUUGCGUUUAUAGAGACCGUAGGUCCCAUCACCCGAGCGAAGGUUGUAGCUCCGUAAGUAAGACUGUAAUUCACCCAAUGAAUCAUUCAUAACAUUGCGACGUAUACUAGUGUCAGAAUCAUAACCAUCACUCAUUACCGGUUCCGGCUUCACCUCCGAAGACUCUUGUUUCGGAACAAUAUUAUGUUGCGGGAUAGACUGCACGAACGACUGUCCAAGCUUAUCCAAACGCGAAUUAACAGACUUGAAUAUUUCCUGAUUAAUCGCAUCCCUCUCCAUUCGCGCUCGCUUAGCCAAAAUAUAUUUGGCACGUAUGUUCCGUAUGACAUGAUCUAAAGCGUUUGCCUCGGUAGACAUGACCGAAGAUAACCAUACAGCAUAAAGCCUUUUUAUAUACAAAAUGUCUAGAGCUAUGUAUUUUUAGGAGUCUGUCUCUGAGGCGUGGGCCGCUAUGCAACAGUUCUCGCAGUCGAUGCAGAAACCAAUCCAUCAACACCAUUCUUAACAACACCAAUGACACGAGCCAAUUGUGAAACACGUUGCGAAAUGUCAGCGCCACUAGCGGUAAGUUUCAAUAUCAGUUCCGCCAAGAUACUGUUUACCUUUUCUAUAAUCGUAUUCUCAAAUAGAUCGAGUUUAUUCUCCAACAAAUUAACAUACAUAUCACCCAACUUUGUUGGCAGUACCGACAGACGAGAACUGAUUUGAUCCACAGACCGCUGCUCCUUCACCUCCAUAUUACGUAAAAACUCGAUAAUACCAACCUGCACAUCCCGUACAUUGAUUAACGAUGAAUUGAGCUCCGUAAACCAACGCAACAGCUCCUCAGUCACCGUGCGAGUGAAUACAUCCGCGACCGAGUCGAUAUACUGCUUACUCGCGCCAUCCCCAGCAUCCCUUGGCACACCCACACGCUUUAAAAGUUUUCCGCCCAAAUCGCAAUUCCCAUCAAGAUCGCGAGAUAUACACGAGUCAAGCUGACGUUUCAGAGGACCACCUCCAACCUUGGAUACGCUGUAGGACAUCCUUCAAUGACUCGCUACAAUAAAAUGAUCAAAACCACAACGAUACCUGCCAUUAAGUAAAUGAUAAUCCUUUACGAUAACAAGAAAACCAUGUUCAUUUUUCCAACACAAGAAGCACAUAUCCUUAAACAUGCGAAAUUUCAUAUCACUGUUUACAUGAUCAUCGUAGGCAUGUCGCAAAUUAAGCAUAUCCAUGCGGAAAAGCACGAUAACAUUCGCAUUAUCACGAAGCAAAUGUUUAGGUAUUCUGCCAUAAGUUUGCCCUAGGUAAAAACAAUCAACAUGUGCGUGUCGACCCAUAGAAAAAUACUGCUGUAUGAUUCCUUGUUUCUCACACAUUAUAUCGUCAAACACAAACACUGAAUUGGCCCUGGCCUCGCUAGGAGGUAUCACAUCAGCAUUUUCCGUAUACGGGAAAAAUCCCAAACCUUCCACCGCUCUAAGAACUGUAGCCAACCGUUUAUACUUUGGUUGGCGCAGCGAUUUUGAAUAUAGAUAAACAUUCUCGAACCGAAGACCGUUCGGUUCCUCGAGUAAACUAAGUAGGACACACAUUUUACCGCAUUCGGAUGGACCGACAAUCAAACAUCUUAUUGUCGAAGGUAAUAAAGAACCAUGCCACGACUCGCGAGCACUGGCUUCAUCAGCCUGUGUAAUCCGCACAGUCAGCGAAUCGCGCUGUGGCACUACUUCCAUUACACAACUAAACAGAAAACUAUAAAAACAGCAUACUUAUACCAACUCGAAUCAGUAUAGUGUUAUGCGUUGUACACGAAAGAAGGUUCAAAGAGGUGGAGGAAUAAUAAACUCUGUUAUUAACAAGCUGCCAGUAGAAGUACAUCUGUCAGGAUAUAAUUUCUGAGGUCCGGGAACGAAACUCGCCAAGAGGCUAGCACGCGGAGAUACAGGAGUCAAUUCCCUUGACGAGGCGUGUCGUCUCCACGAUAUUAGCUAUUCUAAAAGUAAUAACCUAAGUGACAGACACAUAGCCGACGGGAUAUUAGCGAACCAAGCCGCACAAAUAGCAAAGAACCCCGCAACGAAAUUCAGUGAAAAGAUUGCAGCGUGGGGAGUCAAUAAGAUAAUGAGAGUAAAACGUAAGAUUGGCGGCGGUGUCUGAACAAAGAAAAACCGCGCAAAAAAAAAAGGUGGGCUAUUACCUUUCAUUUUCCCAGCGCUGGCAGCGCUAGGCAGUUUGAUUGGUGGAGCGGCGGGUAUAGCCAAGACCGUGAACAACGCACAGCACAAUAGUAAAAUGUGGGCGCUUGCAAAAAACGGUUUGGGCCUAUACCUGCGUCCCUACCAAAAGUCAGAGAGGGAGGGGUCAAGCGGAGAAGAAGGAACAGGGGCGGGAAAAGGAAAUGAGGAUAUUGAGUAACCUGCCAAAGAGAGCUCUUACCACCACAAACUUAAAGACAGCAAUUAGGAAAUUAAAAAUUCCACAUUUUAGAAAUGUGUUUAUGAAGGAUAAAUUACCCACAAAACCAUAUCACAAUGAGAGCGGUAUUAUUAAUUUAGAUACGAGUAAGGGGCCCGGAACGCAUUGGGUAGCGUAUGCCAAAACCGGUCGUACGGCUCGGUAUUACGAUAGUUUUGGAGACCUGCCGCCCCCUUUAGAAAUGCAGCGAUACCUGAGAGGCUGCAAAAUAACAUAUAAUUACGAUAGACAGCAAAAGUUAAACUCAUUCAACUGCGGUCACUUAUGCAUAAAGUUUCUCAUCUCGGUAUAUAAGAGAACCUGCUUCGAAGGAACAUGUCCAUCACACUAAUACUAAGUGAAAACACAUCGGAACUGUGUUCAACAUACUUCCCACCGAUCGACGUAAGUGACGGGUUAUGGCAGCUCGCUCUCGUGGAUUUUACAGUAUACAAUUCCAUCCCGAACGUGGAUGAAAACAACCGGAUGUUUAGGUACAAGCUGAAGAACGAAGAGAUGAUGCGAGAGAUUAAAUUACCUAUAGGUUCCUACAAAGUCUUAGACAUUGAAACGUAUAUUAAACAACACCUACCCACAGACGUAUUGUUUUCAUUGAAGGGUAAAUCCAAACACUAUACAAUGUGUAUUGCACAGCAAUGCACAAAUCGACUGCACCGGCGACUGUUCCCUAGCCCCGAUGCUUGGAUUCUAACCGGAAGUCUACGAGGCGAAUAAAAUUCACGAGUCGACCCAGCCCGUAAACGUGAUGUUGGUAAAUGUGAUUAGAAUCAUGGCGAAUAUCAUUGGCCACAGUUUCCUUAAUGGAAAACCAAACAGUAUGAUACAUGAAUUUUCCCCGAACGUUCCUCCAGGAUAUAAGCUCAGUGAUACACCUCAAACACUCAUUUACAGUCCGGUUACCGUGCAACAAAUACGAGAGUUGGUUAUUAGAGUGGUAGACCAGAGCGAUAAAUUAAUCAACUUGAAGUGGUCGGUGCGCGUCACUUGAACUUCGCGCCGCGCGGCGGGCUUCGGCGCUCCUUCCCUUCCUACUUCCCCCCCCCCCCCCUCUCUGCGUCCAGUGCUGUGUCUGACUUCCCCUCGUGAGGUGUCCGCGCAUGCGCGUGGCGCCCUCUUGUUUAAUUUAAACUAGGUGUAAUGCCUUGAAGGUUCUUCUUGUUCGUUGGCACACAGUCGGUGCUGGUCGUGAAUUAAGCAUGUAGUCAGAUACUUGCUUUAGAGAGAGAGUGUGACAGCGGGGAGAAUGCACGUAAGUGUUGUAAGGUGGUGACCCUUACAGUAAUGUAAUCCGUACUUGGUAAUAGCUGCACUAUAAAUUCUUAUUUCGGCCGUCACCGUCUAAAUUCUAUUUGGCAUUUAUUGUUUUCCUUGAUCGUUUUUGUAUUAAUACCAUGCAUAGUUUGACGUUUCUCCCCGUCUGGUCUACAGUCUUCGUUAGGACUUGUUUUUACGUAAUGUAUUUAAUGUAUUAAUUUGUGAGUUUUCUUUUUAUAUCAUGCUUUAUCAUGCUUUACAGUAAGCUUAUACCGCCUAGUGUAGGUUAGGCCGCGGUCGCCUGCAUGUUCAUUUGACGUUUUUUGUAUUCUCUAAUGAGGCAUGUCUGUGUUCACGACAUUCAUUAUCCCUGUGUGUAAGCGUUAAUACUUAAUUGUAAAAUUUCUAUCCAUCAAGUAUCUAUCAAGUUUCUAUUAUGUAUUAAGUAUUUAAUCCUAAGGAAAACAUGGAUAUGUGUUCACGUAUUUUGCCGUGGCAUUUGUACCGCUAAUUUUUCUUGCUAUCAGUAUUAAUAUAACCCAGUAUUACUCUUGUAUGUGAAAGAAUGAUAAAUUUGUAUUAGGUUAACGUGAGGCUUUUGCCCAGGAUUAAACGAUAUGUAUUUAAAUUCAUUACUUGCUAAUUUAACCUUUGCAUCCAUCCUUGGCAAUAAUUGUUAACUUACCACUUUUUGAACACUAUUUACUCAGCAUAAUUUAUUCAGUAUUUUUAAGGAUUGUGUUACACGCAGUUGAAGGUUCACGUGAAUGGACUUCACCUGUUUACACUUUCCCAUGAAGCUCAUGGAAGCCUUCAACUGCGCAACUCUGCUAUGUUAUGCUGACUAUUAAAGUGUUUGUUUUUCUCUUUUGUCUUGCAUGCACCAUGGGGUCACCGGUCACGGGAUGGGUGUAUCGUCUGCGCCGUGACGAGCUGGUUCAAAUCCUCUCCGAGGAGGGCGUUUCCUUCGAGGAGGGCGCUACUGUUGCUGUUUUGAGGAGCCUACUCGUCCAGCAUGUUCGUAACUCCUGGGAAUCGGCUGAUGAGCUAUCCUGUCGUCCCCGAGGGAUGGGGUGGCCUAGCACUCCGAUCCUCCCACCCCCUCGAACCACACACCAUUGCACGUGGAGAAUAACCUAUUGAUCUCCCCAACACAAGAUGGCUGUAUCCACACGUGAUGAUAAGUCAAACCACAUACCGAGAGAUAUAGCCAAGCUACUUUAUAUGGAGGAGGUGGUGGAGGGUGAACCACCUCCACCGCGGGAGCUUCGGGAACAUGAACCUGAAGUUGGCCGCAGCGAUGGCUCAACCGCGCGUUCGCUGCGGCCGACGGGGUUGAAGAGUUGGCAUGGCCUUCGGGGACGUGUCCCAGGGGUCGUCCGCCACACAUGAUUGGUCGACGUGGAUAUUAUUUAUACCCAAAAUUAAAUAAAACCAACAUUAUUUUUUA